AUGAAACGAAAGUUAUCCCUUGCAAUGGCUUUGAUCGCUGAUUCUCCUAUUGUGCUACUAGAUGAGCCUACAUCAGGUAUGGACUUAACUGCAAGAAGGCAAAUGUGGGAUAUGCUCAAAAACAACAAAAAUAAUAGAAUCAUCAUUCUCACAACCCAUUAUAUGGAAGAAGCUGACGUUUUAGCAGAUAGAAUUGCAAUUAUGUCUCAUGGCAAACUCAGAUGCCUUGGCAGCUCUCUUUUCUUGAAAAAAAGAUAUGGAGUCGGCUAUUACUUAACUAUUGUCAAAGAAGUCGGAGUUGCAAGCAAAACUCAUACACAAUCGGUUAAGGAUUUCAUAAGAGAAUACAUUCCUGAAGCUUCUUUAAUGAGUGAUGUGCAUGCAGAAAUAACUUUUCAAAUCCCUAACUCUAGCUCAAGUAAAUUUACUGAGUUUUUUGCAGCCCUUGACAAGCAACUUAACUUUUUACAGUUGCCGUCUUAUGGAAUAUCUGUUACAACCCUUGAAGAAGUCUUUUUAAGGGUAGCAAGAGAAGAUGCCUCAGGAUUUGCUAAAAAAGACCAGGAAAAAGAAGAAAGUGAGCUUAAAGAUGAUUUUAUUUUAUCCAGAGAUAGGCUUAAAGGUCCUUUAUUUUACAGCCAUUUUUGGACGCUUUUAAAAAAGAGAGUUUCCUUGUCAAAAAGAGACCUGAGAAGCCUAGUCUAUGAAAUUUUUGUCCCAAUUAUAUUAGUUAUCCUUGGGCUCAGUUUAAUGAAAACUGGCUGGAAGCUUCCACCUACUGAUAAAAAGAGGCUUACUGAAUCCUCAUAUUCUUUACCUCAAGAUACAAUUUAUUACUGGCCCGCAGGAACAAAUGUAGGAAGCUUUUCAAAGUAUGCAAACCCUGACUAUAGUGUUAUAAAUGAUACUAUAGAAGGUUUUGAUCAAUAUUUAUUUGAUACCCGAACAGAUCCAGAUAAUUAUAGAAUGGGCUCAUAUUAUUUGACAAAUAUGGAUAUAGGGCCUUCCCUAUAGAUGGAGCGCAAUGCGCCAUUACCGACCCAUGUCGGGAGAGGGUUCCUCACGAGGAAUGGUUCUACGUGUGGAAUCCUCGUUUUGACCUGUGAGAAAACUACUUUCCACGAACCAAAAAGAGGGUUCCACACGUAGAGCCAUUCCUCGUGUGGAACCUCUCCCGACAUGGCCCGGUGAUGGCGCAUUGCGCGCCAUCUAUAGGAAGGCCUAUACCACCAACGAUCAGUAUCAAGCUGUUAUUUUCCACAAUCAAUCAGCUCCUCAAGCGACUGGAGUCUACUAUAGCAAGCUUUCUAAUGAAAUAUUUUCAAAAUAUGGGAAAAAAAUAGCGGUUUAUAAUUACCCUCUUCCUUAUACCAAAAAAGUUAAAGAUAUCAAAGGCAUCUGAGAUGGGGUUACUGCAGCAAUUAUAUUUUCGUUAGGUUUUAGCUUCAUUCCAGCAGGCAUUAUAGCUUUAAUUGUAAAAGAAAGAGAAACUAAUGUCAAACACCAGCACAUGAUCAGCGGAAUCUCGAGACUUUCGUAUUGGUGUGCAAAUUUCUUUUGGGACUCUGUUAAACAUUUAUUUCCAGCUAUAAUUUGUGCUUUACUGGUCAAGGCUUUUGAGGUAAAAACUUUUACAGACCCUGAUGAUACUUAUGGAGCUGUUUGGGUGCUAAUGCUCUUAUAUGGAGUUUCUAUAGCGCCUUUUACAUAUUUUAGUAGUUUUUUCUUCAAAAGUUAUCCUUCUGCACAAGUUGCUACUAUUCUUUUCAAUGUUAUUGUGGGCGGAGUUUUACCAUACUUUAUUUGGGUUCUUUAUCUUUUUACAUCUACAAGGCCUGUUGCAAGAUAUCUUACUUUCCCAUGUUUUUAAGUAAAUAGAUUGGAAUAAUAUGAUUUAGAUAAUAGUUUUUUCCUCUGCAAGGAUGCAAUAAUUUUUUGUAUUAGAUUAUACUUGUUAAAUUUCAAUUACCAUAUUCUAUUGUUAUGCAAAAAAUUAAUUUUUGCUAUGUAUAUAAGAAUCUAGAUUUAAAAAAUAAAUUUUAUGAUUUGUUCUCUCAUGAAGAAGGAGUUAGGUGGAUUUUAAGAAUAAGUCCUGCUUUUUGCUAUGGAGAUGGGCUAUUAAGUAUAGGAAGUAUAUCAUCCUUUUCAAGCUGGGAUGAAAUAGAUGGAUUAUAUAAUGCAUUUGAUAUUGGCUCAGCUGGAGGUGAUAUUUUAAUGCUUGGAAUCACAAUUCCGUUUUAUUUAAUCCUUAUUUAUGUCCUAGAAUACUUAGAAACAUAUAAAACACUGCUGCAAUGUUGUUGUAGAGUACCCCAUGUAGCUCCAUCAGAAUAUGAAGCUGAUGAUGAUGUAGAAAGAGAAGCAGAAAAUGCAUUAAAUGUUAAUCCUCAAGAAGUUCAAGUCAAUGUUAGAGGAAUUAGAAAAAUCUACAGACAAGGAAUGAAUAAAGCUUUUGCAGCAGUCGAAGAUGUGAGUUUUAAUGUAAACCAACAAGAAUGCUUUGCGUUCUUAGGAGUAAACGGGGCUGGAAAAACAACUACUUUCAAAAUGCUGACUGGAGAAACAGCUCCUACAACUGGAGAAGCCUAUAUUUGUGGACAUAAUGUCAUUAAUGAUCUUGAUAGAGCAAGAGAGCUAAUUGGCUACUGUCCUCAAUUUGAUGCUAUAUCUGAGCUGCUUACAGCAAGAGAGCAUUUAAGACUAUAUUCAGAUAUCAAAGGAAUUCCUAAAGAUAGAAAAGAAGCACUUGUCGAAGAAAUGAUAGAUCAAAUGGAUUUAAGGCAAUAUGCUGAUAUAUUGGCAGGAACUUAUUCAGGAGGAAAUAAAAGAAAAUUGUCAGUAGCUAUAGCACUUAUUGGAAAUCCAACAGUAGUUUUCUUAGAUGAGCCUUCUGCAGGAAUGGACCCAGAAACUAGAAAAAAAAUGUGGAAAGUCAUUGGGAAUCUUAAACAAAAGAACUCCUCACUCCCCCUCCGUGAGUGAACAAAAAAAUUUUGUUCACUCACGGAGAGGGGUUAAAUUUUUUUUUUAAAAAAUUUAUAUAUAUAAAUUUUAUAGAAAAACUUUUGUUUUCGAAAUUUUAAAAAAAUCCUAAUUUGCAAAAAUUGGGAAGCAAAUAUUAAUUUAAUUUUCAAAAUUUAUGUUAAAACGCAAUUUGUUUAAAAUUAAACAGAAUUAGCUCGAGAUUUCAUUAUAAUAAUCAUCACUUAUGUAUCAUAUUUUUUUCACAAAAAAUUUUUUCUAUUAAAAAAAUUUUUGUUCACUCGGUGGGUUUUGGGCAAAAAAUAGCGAUUUUCCAAUGGUUUUUGUUUCAUUCACGGAGGGGGGGAGUCAGUCAUUUUGACAACUCAUUCAAUGGAAGAAGCUGAAGCUUUAAGCGAUCGUAUGGCUAUUAUGGUUGCUGGAAGGCUUAGAUGUCUUGGAACUGCUACCUGGAUUAAAAGCAAAUAUGGCGAUCGAUAUGAGUUCGAAGCAAAAGUUGAAAUUCCUAGCCAUUUUGAAGUAAAUGAUAGAGGAAUGGUUUUAGAUCGUAUCCUUAUGGGAGAAACAGUAAUCACAGAAAAUCGAAUUUUGCCAUGUUUAGAAAUUCUCGACGCAAAGAAUUUCUAUGAGGAAAUUCAUGAAAGAGGUGCAGGCUCUGCUUUGCAUCAACAAUUAAAAGUAGAUGGAUGCAUAUCAAGAGAUUCUUUAGUGUCCUGGGUUAUUGUUGAAGAGCUGGGUGAUACAAUUUACGAAUGGCUUAAAAGAGAGUUUAAGAAUGUCUGGUCAAGCAUAGGUCGCAACCCUACACCCCACCCCCCCUCCAAUAAAGGGAACCCCCACCCCCCCACCCCCACCCCCCCCCCACACCCCACCCCCACCCCCACCCCCACCCCCACCCCCACCCCCACCCCCACCCCCUUUCGCAGAUCGCACCCCCACCCCCUCCUCUCGGGUUUAUCCUAUAGAAGUAUUUGAUAAGAAAUAAGCAGAAUAAAUUAAACAUAACCCAAUUAAAACAAUAUAUUUUUAAAUUAAGUCCACAAAUUACUUUAUAUUUAUGAUUAAUUAAUAAAUUUAAAUUAAUUAGCAAUUAAUUAGAAAAUAUAUUAAUUUGUUUUUUAUAUUUAUAAAUAUAAUGCCAAAGAUAUAGAUAAUGGCAUUAAUUAUUAAAUGAACCAAGCACAACACAAUAACUUGCAUUAAAUUUAUUGAUUCAUACAUUAAAGCUAAUCUAAUGUCCAUUGUGCAAGGAUUGCAGGACUGAAUUGAUAACAGGAUUCAAUAGUGGUAAUAAAAAUAGUAUUUGCUAUUGUCAGUUUUACUUUUGGAUCUCUAAUUCGACUUUUAGCCAUUGUUCCACAAAGUUCAUAAAUAUAUGCAGGAUAUAUUGCUAAUUAAUACCAAAGAUCAUUAUUAACUUGCUAACAAAUUUUUUCAGAUUUGGUGAGCUUACUAGUUAUAGGAAAUUCUCACCAUUUCAUCUACUCCUUAAUCGAUUGUGCUACGCUAUGUGGAUAUUGUAUAAAUCAGUAAUUUUGAAUAUUUAAAAUAAUAAUUUAUUUAUUACGUAUGCUCUAAAUUGGCAUUUUUCAUAUAUUUUAUGCUAUAUUAAGGGGGGGUGGGGGUGCUAUCUGUGAAAGGGGGGGUGGGGGGUGCCAUUUUUUUAGGGGGGUGGGGGUACCAUUAAAAAAGGGGGGUUGGAGGUACCACUUUUAGGGGGGGUGGGGGUGUAGGGUUGCUACCUGUGCUUGACCAAAUGUCGAAAUAAUUGAACACUUCUCUUCACUUUAUAAAUUCAAAAUCGCUAAAGAAGAGGAAAAAUCAAUAGGAUACUUUUUCUCUACAGUUGAAAUGAAUAAAGAAGCCCUAAAAAUUUCUGAAUAUGCGCUGUCUCAGAGUUCCUUGGAGCAAAUCUUCAAUGAUUUCGCAAGAAAAGGAGAAGAAUUUCAAGCAGGAAUUAUAAGAAGAUACGCGCAUGGUAUCUAA